AUGACAUUUUCAGAUGAGGCGAGAGAUAACAAGUCUCUUCCGGCUCACUUACAGCCUUGGAAGCACUGUAGUACACACUAUUGGUAUGCGAUGUCACUCGUCUACAACGCAUUCUUCCGAUUUCAGCGUGGGCUUGAUGUUGCUGUCAUUGGUGCUCCAAAUGUAGGCAAGUCGUUGCUCACAAAUCAACUUGUACGGGCGUCCGUCUCUUCUGUGAGCAGCAAAAUGGACACGACAACUGAGAAUAUUGAUGCGGUACUGACAGAAGAUGACGUACAGUUGAUCCUGCUAGACAGUCCUGGAACUGUAGGUCUUCAGCACGCCAGAGAGGUCAUGGCACGUAAACAAGAUCGUAUUGUAGCGGAGCCAGAAGCGGCAUUACAGAAAGCGGAGCACAUUUUGGUAGUCCAGGAUGCAACCGCAACCGGAGAUUACAUCCAACAUCGCGUUUUACAUCUCCUUCAUAGGUACUCACAUAUACCUUCAUCUCUUGUGAUAAACAAAGUGGAUUUGGUCACUCGGCGAAGCGAUUUGCUAGAGCUAGCUCGGAUACUCACCAAUGGACGUGUCGCCGGGAAGCCCGUACAGAUUCACGAGAAAGCGAUCGGACGUCUAGGAACCCCAUCACAAGACUUCACUUUACAUGACGAGACUGUUAAAAUGCAAGAUGAGGAAUGGCAGGAAAAGUUCAGAGCUGUGAUCAACAAACCUUCGCACAAGUUUCCUCACUUGACCGGUGAAGGAAUCGACCCUUUACGACGCCAUUUGAAAGACAUGGCUUCAGAGAAACGCUGGCGGUUGGAUCAAAUGACCAUAACUACUAAGAGUCCUCAACAACUGUGUGUGGAAUCGGUCCGUGCUGCUCUGCUCGACACUUUGCCGGCGAAUGUGGCAUAUGUUUUGCAGCCAAAAAUCAGUGAAUGGAAUGAAGACGGAGAGGUUCUUCAAAUUGUCGUCGACAUCCACUGCGAAAAAGAGCGUAUAGGAAAACUUAUUAUAGGCAAGGGCGGACAGCGAAUAGCAGAGAUUGGAAAACGUGUUAACGACCAUAUGAGUAAUUUGUUUGCUAGGCAACUCUUUGUUCGAAUUCUUGUGAAGCAUAACAAGAAAGUCAUCAAUGUUCUCUCUUGA